AUGGCGAUGAAUUUCGUGACCUUCAACCAGGACUACAGCUACCUGGCGGUUGCCACCUCCAAGGGAUUUCGCAUAUUCACCACCGAGCCUUUCGCUAAGAGCUAUGAGACUAAGGAAGGGAAUAUCGCGGUGAUUGAGAUGCUGUUCUCCACAUCGUUGGUUGCACUCAUCUUAUCGCCCCGCCGGCUGCAAAUCACAAACACCAAGCGCCAAUGCACGAUAUGUGAAUUGACAUUUCCGACGACGGUCUUGGCUGUCAAACUGAAUCGCAAACGUCUCGUCAUCGUCUUGGAAGAUCAGAUCUACCUCUAUGACAUCCAAACGAUGAAGCUCUUGUCCACGAUCGAUACGUCACCGAAUCCACACGCACCAUCGUCAGACAACUGCUACAUAGCAUAUCCUUUACCCCAGAAAGCCCCGGCAUCAAUAAAACCUCCAGCACAUGCGCCACCAGGAACAACGCAUGUCUCGCCAACCACCGGAGACGUUCUAAUAUUUGAUGCGCAGAAACUCGAAGCGAUCAAUGUUAUCGAGGCUCACCGUUCUCCGUUGGCCUGCAUUUCUUUGAACAGCGAAGGGACACUGCUGGCAACGGCCUCGGACAAAGGCACGAUCAUCCGCGUUUUCUCAGUUCCCGAUGGUCACAAGCUCUACCAGUUCCGACGUGGGUCCAUGCCUUCGCGCAUCUUUAGCAUGUCCUUCAACACCACAUCAACCCUUCUUUGCGUCUCCUCUUCCACCGAAACCAUUCAUCUCUUCAAACUGAGCCAGCAAGGUCCACCCUCCGAAGGCUCUCCUCCAUCGCAUUCCUCCAUCGGCCGCGAGUCAUCUCUCGGAGCCAGCCAAUUUGGAAGCUCGCAUGAGUCCGAUGAAGGAGGCGGCGAGACAAGCGCGGACUUGGCGGCCCGAAAGCACAAUGGUACAUUGAUAGGGAUGCUUCGCCGAACAUCUCAAAAUGUCGGUGGGGCCGUGGCUUCAAGAAUGGGCGGAUACCUGCCCAAGGGCGUGAGUGAGAUGUGGGAACCAGCGCGAGACUUUGCCUGGAUCAAGAUUCCACGAUCCAGCCAAGCGCAAGGUGGGAAUGGGGGUCCCGGUCCUCUUCGGAGUGUUGUUGCUAUGAGCAAUAGCUCUCCGCAAGUAAUGGUUGUGACCAGCGAUGGGAACUUUUACGUUUUCAACAUCGACCUGUCCAAGGGUGGGGAAGGAACCCUCACGAAGCAAUAUUCGGUGGUAGAUUCGAAUGACCGGCUAGGAAAUCCACAGAUGGAUUUCUGA